CUAGAGGCUUGGCAGGAUCUUUCGGAAGUUACUGUGGGAAAAGUUGUCUACGCCAAUUAGCGUAACCAUACGCAAGCCAUAUGUUAGAUUAUAAGAUAGGAACUGAUGUAAUGCAAGACAACACUCAACACAUGAUGAAGAGGCAAUACAGAGGGUACAUCUUGGCAACAUUCGUGUUGUCCCUGUGCUCCCAUGGAGUACACAUAGUGUCGGAGAUGUCACAGAGCUGGGUUGUGGCAGUGACUGUACCUGAGUGUCACAUUAGCUACGGACUGUACCAAGGCUCCAUGGUGUGUGGCAACACCUCUGAUGAAGCUAUGUUGUCCAUCACCUGUCUGUUGUACCUGAACGUAUGUGCCUGGUCGUGUGAGGGUCACCCACAGGAUGACAUCCAGGAGCUCUACAACUCCGGGAAACUCCUCCAUUCCUGCUCCAACACGACACAGGAUGUUGCCCUGCCGGUGCUGUUGGUCAGAGAGAGGUUCAUCAAUGGUGUUGCGUGGUUGGCAACCGUGGUGGCUGUUGUACUGAGCGGACUUGCAAGUCUGAUCGCUCUGAUCCUGACAGUCUACAAUGUGAACCACACACCGUCUUGCUAUUGGCUCUCCAUCCGAGGCCUAUACCUCUGGUUCGGCUCCUGUUGUGUCUUAAAGUCGUUAUCUUUAGCAACUUGGGGCAUCGAAUUUUACUUUAAUCUGAGCAGAAACAUGGGAACUGUGGACACGAUAGUUGGUCUCCUCGAUUCCAAUGGAAAAGCACAUCUGGGAUACUCUUAUUGGACACAGCUGAUUGUUAUUGCAUUGCAAUGCUGCUGUAUGGCUCUACUAUACUACAGAGAAACGUUGUUUGAUAAACGGCCGUCUUUCGUCGGGUCACGCCAAAGACAAAACAACUAUCUAGGUUAUGUCAAUUAUGUUUGAAAUAAAGUUUUUCUUCAA